AUGAAUCCUCCUAUACUCUAUUUGUCUAAGGUUGAUGAAGACCCUCAAGAAUUUAUUGAUGAGUUUUACAAGAUACUAUGUGAUAUGGGGUUGUCUACAAAUUAUAAUGCCGAGUUGGUCUCAUACAAACUCAAGGAUGUGGCUCAAAUUUGGCAUAUGAAAUGGAGAGAUAAUCGGCCUCUUCGAGGUGAGCUGGUGUCUUGGGAGAUCGUCAAGAGGGCUUUCCUUGAUCGGUUUUUCCCAAGAGAGAUGAGAGAAGCUAAGGUUGUGGAAUUCAUCAACCUCCGCCUAGGAGGUAUGAGUGUUCAUGAUUAUUCUUUGAAGUUCAUUCAAUUGGCUAAAUAUGCUCCUUCCUUGGUCUCUGAUCCUAGAGAUGAGAUGAGUCGCUUUAUGACGGGUGUAUCAGAUGACUUGCAAGAAGAAUGUCAUUCAUCUAUGCUUCAUGAUAAUAUGAAUAUUGCCCAUCUUAUGGUGCAUGCUAGAAGGUUUGAGGAGGCUAGAGCAAAAAGGAAGGAUAUUGAUUCAAAAAGGGCAAGGUCUUUUGAUGGUGGAGCUACAAAAGAUAGUCUUGGGAUUCAAGACAAGCCUAAAUUCAAUAAGAGGUUCUCAAAUCAAGCUCCAUCUAAAUUUCCAAAGGCUAGAGAUGGUAGGGUGUCUAACCCUAAGUUUCAUAAGGGUGUAAGUGCAAGUUCACCAACUUGA